UCACGAAGAAGAGCAUCAUCACUUCCGCUACAACUGACAGUGCAAAAAUAUGGAAGUAGAGGUAGACGUUAACCAGGAAAAUGGGUUUUCUAGUGAAAACGGCUCUGCCAGGAUACAAGAGCGGCUUCAAAAACGUCACCAGGCGAGGAUCGAGGAUGCCGAGCGGAGGAGGGAGGCUAAAGAGAGUCAGUCUGUCGCCGAGGAAAAAAGCGAAUACUUCUUCAGCGCCUUCAACAGGGAGCGGACAUUUAUCGAGGAGCUUCUGUCCAGCUGCUCCGGAGCUGAUCGCGCUGUGGUCACUCUGAAACUGGAAGAGGCCAAGGCCAAAACUGACCAGCUGCAAAAGUUUUUGAAUGAUAACAUGUUGUUUCUAACGCAGUACGAGCUCAGACAAGCUCAGGCUGCUUUCCAGAAACUCCAGACCUCACUCUCUGAGACCAAAGAGGAGGCUCUGCCAAGGAAGAAGUUUGCCUUUCGAAACCGCACCAAGGCAGCAGAUAAAGCCGCUGCAGAAGAGGCUCAUCCCCCUCCCCCUGAUGAAGGUACACCUGCAGAAGCAGGCGGCACCCAGGUCGAUGGAGAAGCACCAUCCGAGCAGUGUGGCUUCUCCAACAUGACCAAUGAGUUUCUGACCAAGACGGCUGAGGAGCUCCAAAGACGAGCUGUGCUCCUGACUCACCUGACCAACUGCAAAGUCCGUCUGUUCGGCUCCCCCAGCACACUGCACCUGAAAGAGAUCAACAGCUGUGAGAUCCUGUGCGGGCCGGUGUCCAGUUCAGUUUUUGUAGAUAAUUGCAGAAACAGCGUGCUAGCCUUCCCCUGUCAGCAGCUGCGGACCCACAACACCACCGACACACAGGUGUACCUGCACGUAACCAGCCGAGCCAUCAUAGAGGACUGUCGCGGAGUGAGCUUUGCUCCGUUCUCCUGGUCUUAUCCUACCUUGGAGGAGGACUUUACUGUGUCUGGUCUUGACCGGGCCCGAAACAACUGGAUACAGGUGGAUGACUUCAACUGGCUCGCUGCUGGAACACCUUCUCCAAAUUGGACUGUUAUUCCAGAAACUGAUAGAAAAACCAACUGGGACUCGUAGAAUCUGACUUUUAAAGCCCUCAUUUGCUAAAAUAACAGCAGUAUAAGUUUCACAGGAACGGCUUUGUGGCUAGAAUUCACACAUUUAAUGUCCAAGUUGUUUAAUGGAAAACUAAUCUUCACUAAUAUAUUAAAAUAAAAAUUCACCUCA